ACAGCGCACAUUCCGCGCCACCGUCCCAGCUUUUCACAGGGUUGCAUGGCUUAAUGAAGAAAAACAGAGAUUUUUUUUGUGGUUUACAAAAAUAUUAAAACAGCUAAAGCGACUUAAUAAGCAAAAGUUCCUCGUUUUGGUUUUAUCAAAUCCAGACUUAAAGACAGCUACUAGUCAUUUGCAGGAUUUAAACGUAAACUGUUAGCAUGAUACAUCUAGAUGUUUAUGUAUCUGUUUUGUUUUUAGCAAUAACAUCAAGCUAACAAACACAUCUGCUCACAAAAAGGAUUGGCUGAAAGGUGAGAAGUGGUUCACAGAUUUUUCGGUAAUCUUAGUUUAAUAAGAGACAGGAUGCCAGUGCACUCGAGAGAAAAGAAGGAGAGCAACCAUGAAGAGAUGGAGGUGGAUUUCGGUGAGCAAGAGGGGAGCAGUUCAGAAGAUGAGGAUACAGAGAGCUCUUCUGUCUCUGAGGAUGGAGAAAGUUCAGAAAUGGACGAUGAGGACUGUGAAAGGAGAAGGAUGGAAUGCAUUGACGAAAUGACCAAUCUAGAAAAACAAUUCACUGACCUCAAAGACCAGUUAUAUAAAGAGAGACUAAGUCAAGUUGAUGCCAAACUCCAGGAAGUGAUGUCUGGAAAGGCCCCUGAGUACCUGGAACCUCUUGCAACUCUUCAAGAGAAUAUGCAAGUUAGAACUAAAGUUGCAGGUAUCUACAGAGAGUUGUGCUUGGAGUCAGUGAAGAAUAAAUACGACUGUGAAACCCAAGCAGCGCUCCAGCACUGGGAGAGUGAGAAACUCUUAUUAUUUGAUACGGUUCAGAGUGAACUGGAGGAGAAGAUCAGACGUUUGGAGGAAGACCGCCAUAGUAUAGAUAUUACCUCAGAGCUCUGGAAUGACGAGUUACAAUCAAGAAAAAACAAAAAGAAAGAUCCCUUCAGUCCAGACAAAAAGAAAAAGCCUGUUGUUGUGUCAGGCCCAUAUAUAGUUUACAUGCUGCAAGACCUGGAUAUACUGGAGGACUGGACUGCUAUUAGAAAGGCCAUGGCAACAUUAGGACCUCACAGAGUAAAGACUGAUGUCUCUUCAAAGAGUGACAAACACCAGCACAAUGCCCGCUCGGAGGAUGGACGCUUGUUUUACGACGGGGAAUGGUACAGCCGUGGGCAAGCCAUAUGUAUUGACAAGAAAGACGAGUAUCCUACGAGUGCUAUAAUAACUACAAUCAAUCAUGAUGAAGUCUGGUUUAAACGAGUCGAUGGGAGCAAGUCAAAACUCUACAUCUCACAGCUUCAGAAAGGCAAAUACACCAUAAAACAUGCCUGAUCUACCUGAGAUUUGAUCAGAUGUCAGUGUGGCAGUCUGAAAUGUUUAAUAGUGCCAUUUUAUGUACAGUAUAUCGUGAUUUAAAUACCCUUUUUGAUGUUUAAAAACAGAUACAUUGGUGUAUUGUAUGUCAUUUGAAAUGUGGGGAAAGCUGAUGUUAUUUUAUUGUAUAUUCAAUGCAAUGCCAUUUGUAAGAUUAUUAUGCUGGACAUGGUCAACAAUGUAAUUUAAUUACAGUCGAAGUUACUACCUUUGACGACUGGGCUCAUUUUUCCACUUAAAUUCUGCUCAAUUAAUGGCGUUUGAACCCAGUUCCUGUGUGUAGUAAUUUGUAAUGCCGUGUCUAGCAACCAAAUGGCCUCCUACUUUUUUACAUUUCUGCCUCAUCACUGUGUUCAGAUACAAAUGACAUUCCACAAUUUGUAUUUGCCAUCCUUGGUGGCUUUUCAGUGUAAUGAAACGCUCUUGCAUGUGUGACAUCUCACAUGAAAUACAGAUAUUACAAAGUAUUUUUAGGAGUGAAUAAACAAGACGUAAUCACAGCUUCUCAGAGUCUCAGGCCUUUAAACAGCUGUUUACUGUUCAUUGGGUUCUAAGAAGAUGUGAUCUGAUGCUGCUCUAUUUACAGUCUAACAAGCCAUGAAUACUCUGUGAAUACAUUACAUAAUUCAUUGUAAUGUGCAUUUCAGUUCUGGUCAUUGGUUCAGUGUUUCUUUCAUGUGGGGUUAUAUCACCACCCUUUGGUUUUGUUCUUGUACUGUGUCUGUUGUUUUUAUUUCUUGUUUUACCCAUAUUUUUGAAAAUUCUGAAUGUAUUUUUUCAGUUUCUUAAGAAUUUACAUUGAACAAACUUUCAAAUACAACAUUUCAAUAUCACA